UUGGAUUUAAACAGGAAGUGUCUAUGGUUAGUCUUGUAGCUCAAAAUUACGUUUACGGUUCCGUCGAGGAUUUGCAGAGUUAAUUGCAUUUGUUAUACCAAGGUCUCUAGACAAUAGUCAACCAUUGUUACUUACAAUUACAAUCGGAUACAUGUAGUCAGCCAGAGAUUAGUGCGACACAAGCGCAGAACCUACUAAAGGGGUCGAUUGACUGCGUGAUUAUGAUGAGUGCAACAGCCAUUUGUUCUUACUAGCGCAGUAUCUUACGAGUGGUUUAGAGUGAUAAAAUACCUAGCAUCUGGUUGUAACAUAUUCACGUUGAGUGAAAAUGACAUUACAAGUGGGUUGCCUAUCAUUCAGGCAGCCGUACGCGGGGUUAGUACUUAAUGGUGUAAAAAGUAUUGAGACACGUUGGCGCCCCUUGUUGUCCGCAAUGGAAAACUGCACUCUAGCUAUUCAUAUUGCGCAGAAGGACUGGGAGGGCGACCAGUGGAGAGACAUGCUCACCAAUACAUUUGGAAUGAGCCAUAUGCAAAUAGAGGAGCUUCUGGCGUCAGGUGACAGAUUCGGCCGUGGAGUCGUGGCAGGCUUGGUGGAGGUGGGGGAGACUUGGUGCUGCUCUGACAAUGUGCCAGAGGAGGAUCUGAGGGAGAUGGAGAAGGCAGCAGUGCUCACUGGGCUCACAGAGAAACACCUCACACAGCUGUCAAACCCACGCUGGCUCAAGGAACCACUUUAUGCCAGAGGUCACAAAGACAUUUGGACAGUGGACAUCCCAGUACAAUUACUGCCAUCUGCGUAGAGUAGUUGUAAAAUAAUGUAUACUAACACGUUUCUAGAGAUGACACACAAGCUUUAAGGUGGAAUAAAUGACCAAUGGACUGCAUUGUGAAUGAUUGUA